AGGAGACAGGAAGUGGCUCGACUGUGAUUUCUGGCUUCCGUGUCGCGCUACGCUGCUAGCUCAUUAGCUAGCUAUCUUACUUGAACACACAAAUCUAACAGUUGCAGCAGAGGAGGGGACCAGGAGGAGAUUAGCCAGAUGGAAGAGCAGCUUUAGCUUGCUACUCGUUGUUGCUAGGCAACAGAACUCACUAACUGAGGGACAGACAGUCAGCACCAUGUUGGUCCCCAUAUUUACUCUCAAGUUGAACCACAAGAUCAACCCUCGCAUGGUGACGAUUGGGAAAUUCGAUGGCGUCCACCCGUGCCUCACCGCGGCCACACAGGCUGGAAAGGUUUUCAUCCACAACCCUCACGCUCGUGGUCAGAGGCCCGCGGCCCACCGGCUGAGCCAGAGCACCCAGGACUCUGACAUAUCGCUGCUCAACAUCAACCAGGCCGUGACCUGUCUGACGGCAGGGAAGCUGGGACCCAACACCACCGGGGACACGCUGUUGGUCGGAUCCCAGACCAACCUGCUGGCUUACGAUGUCCACGACAACGCGGAUGUGUUCUACAGGGAGGUGUCGGAUGGGGCCAAUACCAUCGUGUUGGGGAAACUCGGGGACAUCCGAUCUCCUCUUGCCAUUAUUGGAGGGAAUUGUGCCUUGCAAGGCUUUGACUAUGCAGGUGCUGACCACUUUUGGACGGUAACUGGAGAUAACGUCCGAUCUCUCGUGCUCUUCGACUUCACCGGGGACGGGAAGAAUGAGCUCCUGGUUGGAUCUGAGGACUUUGAUAUCAGAGUGUUCAAAGAGGAUGAGCUUGUGUCUGAGAUGACAGAAAAUGAGACUGUAACAUCAUUGUGCCACAUGCACGGCAGCAGGUUCGGCUAUGCCCUCGCUAACGGCACUGUUGGAGUCUAUGACCGCAACGCCCGCUACUGGAGGAUCAAGUCUAAGAAUCAUGCAAUGAGCAUCCAUGCCUUCGAUCUGAAUGCGGACGGUGUUGUAGAGCUUAUCACCGGAUGGUCAAAUGGAAAGAUUGAUGCUCGCAGCGACCGCACAGGAGAGGUCAUCUUCAAAGACAACCUCUCCUCCUCUGUGGCAGGAGUGGUGGAGGGAGACUACCGCCUGGACGGACAGACGCAACUCAUCUGCACCUCCAUAGAGGGAGAAGUCCGCGGUUACCUGCCAGCCGGUAAGGACCUGAAAGGGAAUCUCAUGGACUCCAGCGCUGAGCAGGACCUCAUCAGAGAGCUCAGCCACCGGCGACAGAAUCUGCUGCUGGAGCUACGCAACUAUGAGGAGAAUGCCAAGGGUGUGUCAGAAACAAACAGUGGGGUGGGUGUGAUCCCGGCCAACACUCAGCUCCAGACAGCUCUGUCAGUGAGACCUGCUACAGAGGCCCAGAAGGCUCACGUGGAGCUCAGCAUCUCAACUCCAAAUGAAACAAUCAUCCGCGCAGUGCUCAUCUUCGCGGAGGGAAUAUUUGAGGGCGAGAGCCACGUUGUCCACCCCAGUGUCCAGAACCUGUCGGGCUGCGCCCGGGUCCCCAUCGUCCCGCCAAAAGACAUACCGGUGGAUCUGCACAUCAAAGCCUUUGUUGGAGGGAAAACUAGCACACAGUUCCACGUGUUUGAAAUCACCCGUCAGCUGCCUCGCUUCUCUAUGUACGACGUCAACUUUGACUCCUCGGCCGAUCCGCCCACGGGAAGCGUCACCUUCAGCAUCAGCGAGCGACCACAGCGGGUGGUGAUGUGGCUGAAUCAGAACUUCCUGCUUCCAGAGGGUGUAGAGAGUCCGGACGUGACCUUUAAUUCUCUCAGAGGAGGGGGAUUACUGUCUGUCAGCAUGGCCAGCAAUGGACAGAUCACCCUGAGAACGGAUGACAUUGACCUGGCAGGAGAUCUUGUCCAAUCGCUGGCCUCCUUCCUGGCUUUAGAGGACCUGUCGGCGGAGGCAGACUUCCCCGUAUACUUUGAAGAGCUGCGCACGACGCUCACUGAGGUGGACGAGUUCCACUCCGUCCAUCAGAAGUUAACUGCAGCGAUGGCCGACCACUCCAACUACAUCAGGAACAUGCUGGUGCAGGCGGAAGACGCUCGCCUCAUGUGUGACAUGACGACGACGAAGAAGCGCUACAGAGAGCUGUACGACCUGAACCGGGAUCUCGUCAACGAGUACAAGAUCCGCUCCAACAACCACAAUGCGCUGCUGGCCUGCCUCAAGUCUGUCAACCUGGCCAUACAGCGGGCUGGUCGACUCCGAGUGGGAAAGCCCAAGAACCAGGUGAUCUCCGCCUGCCGAGACGCCAUCAAAAGCAACAACGUCAACUCGCUCUUCAGGAUCAUGAGAGCUGGCACCGCGUCGUCCUGAGGGGCGGGGUGACGUCGGACGGAGAGAGGGGCGCUCACAAAAAAAGCACAAACCGACGAGCGCCGCAACGGUCACAUCUGUUUCCAGCACGGCACCAGGAAGGGGAUUAGCCUCGGGACGAAGAAAUAUGUGUGGAUGAGGGCUCUGGAAUGGAGACACUGUCGUAGCCUUAAUCCCCCUUUUUUCUUUUUCCAUGACUUAGUUUUAACAGUCUGGCAGCAACGUCAGCACCAGCUCCUUGACUACUUGAAAUUCUG